AUGAACGAGACCAGAAAAAGAAAGAAGAUAGCAGAUCCAGCUGAAUGGAAACGUUUGAAAAAUAAGCAGCUUAGAAUGGAAGGUAAAGAAUACUUGGGUUAUAGGAAAAAGAAAGGCGAAAAAAUAGUACACGAUACAAUCAGAAGAGAAAGAGAGAUGGGAAUGGCUUGUAACUCAGCAAGAUGUAACAAGAGCAAAAAUAAGAACUGUUUCAAGUUCAAAGAGGAAACCAGAAAAAAUAUAUUCAAAAAAUUCUGGAAUGAAAUGAACUGGGCACAAAGAAAAGUGUUUAUAUCCUCAAAUGUCUUUAAAGGAAAAAAGGCUAGAUGUGAAGAAACAUCAAGAAGACAAAAUACCUAUACAUAUUUUUUAAACAAUGGGGAAGAACAGCUUCAAGUAUGUAGGAAAAUGUUUGUCAAUACAUUAGAUAUAGGAUAUAAGACAAUUCAAGAGUGGGUUUCUAAGAGUUCUUAUGGCAUGGGCACAGAUAUAGUACAAAAAGAUAGAUUGAGCUAUAAUAAAGCACGAUACUCCAAGCAAUAUGACCAUUUAAGGAUGUUUUUAAAUAAACUACCAAAAUUGCCAGCCCACUAUUGUAGAAAGGAGACUACAAAAUUAUACCUAGAGGAAAAAGUACAAAGUAUAUGA